AUGAUUCAUCCCCACCUCCCUCUCCCACUUUCUUGCCGCAUCCCUGCUUCCCCUCAUUUCCGCCUGCUUCCCCUCAUUUCCGCCUGCUUCCCCUCAUUUCCGCCUGCUUCCCCUCAUUUCCGCCUGCUUCCCCUCAUUUCCCCCCCCUCCUCCUCCUCAUACUCCCCUGCCAGGGCAGUGCUUCUCCUCAAUUCCCCCCCUGCUUCCCCUCAUUACCCCCUCUGCUCCCCCUCAUUUCCCACCCUGAUUCCCCUCAUCCUUCCCCCUCUGCUUCCCCUGCUUCCCCUCAAUUCCCCUGUUCUUUCUCCCCCCUCUUCUCCCUUCCCUCUCUCCCAUCGUCCCUGUCUCCCCUGUUCCCUACACCCCCCCAUCCCUCCCUUCCCUCUCCCAAUCUCCUUGCUUCCCUCUCCCCCUCUUCUUGUCACCUCCUUUCCCUCCUCCCCUUCUUCCCUUCUCUUUCUUUCCCUCCACCCCCACUUCCUAUCUCCCCUUUACCCUCUCCCCCGUCUUCCUAAUCCCUCCCUUCACCCCACCUGCUUUUCUUUAUCUCCCCCUUUCCCUUUUCAACCACUUCCUAUCUCAUCUUUGUUGAUUUCCUCUUCAGCAUCCAUGGCGUCUUCAGUGCUGAGCCUUCUCGAUCGAAGCCCAGACGACCCCGUCGCCACUCAGCUCCUUGCCACUCUUGCAAGCAGUAGUAACAGCAGCAGUAGCAGCACCACAGGCAGCAGCACAAGUAGCGGCAGCGCCAGCAGCAGCAGCAGCAGCAGCAGCAGCAGCAGCAGCGGCAGCGCAGGGGGUGCGAGCAGCCCCCUGGAGGCGGAGAGGAAGGUGUUUCCAGCGGUGAAGGGGCGAGCGGCAUGCGAGUAUGUGAACUACAAGGCGAUGGGGCUGUCGCUGUGUGUGGAGGACGGGAAGGUAGCGGCCGUGCACGUGUACAGUGACGUGCAUGGAUACAAGGCGUUUGCUGGGACCCUCCCCUUCGGACUUAAGGUGAUAAUGUAUGCGAUGGAGCGGAGUGAGUAUGAAAGCCAAGGAGGUGGUGGCAGCGCUGACAUGAAAGCAAUGGUGGAAAGCAGCGGGGGCCAUAGUAACCCUCAUACCCGCACCUCGUCUCGCACUUUUCCACUCCUCCUUCCUCCUCUCUCCCAUCCUCCCAGGGUGAGCAUGAAAGCCAAGGAGGUGGUGGCAGCGCUGGGGGAACCAGACGUGAAAGCGGGGGGGGGCAGCAGUGGGGCGGUGACGGUGAUAUACUCGCAACUGAAGCCGGCGUUGCAGCGAGAUAUUGGGCUGCAGGUCACGUUUGUGGGGCGCAGCUGGGAAGAUGCUGACAAUGCUAUAGACUGCAUCACUCUGUAUUUUGCAACGGACAAGUCAUGA